AAUCCUAUCAAAACAAGCCUACCCAAGAAUACAAGCAGAAGCAAUAAACAACGAUUGCUCCGGCGAAGAUGCUUCACAUUCUCUUCCUCUUUUCCCUCCUCUUCUCCGCUGCUCGCGGCUCCGUCCAGGAUUUCUGCGUUGCAGACCUGACGGCCCCUGAAGGUCCGGCAGGCUACUCCUGCAAGAAGCCCGCCAAGGUCACUGUCAAUGACUUUGUGUACUCUCUUAGCGCCGCAGGGAACACCUCCAACAUUAUCAAGGCUGCUGUAACUCCAGCUUUCGCCGCCCAAUUCCCAGGACUCAACGGUCUCGGCAUUUCAAUGGCUCGUUUAGACCUUGCCCCUGGUGGCGUUGUACCAAUGCACACCCACCCUGGUGCUACGGAGCUCCUCCUCGUCGUGCAGGGGACGAUCACCACUGCUUUUAUCGAUUCGGCCAGUUCUGUUUACUUGAAAACGCUUAAGAAGGGAGAUAUCAUGGUCUACCCUCAAGGAUUGUUGCACUUCCAGGUGAACGCUGGUGGAAUUCCAGCCAUCGCUUUUGUUAGCUUCAGUAGCUCCAAUCCUGGCCUCCAGAUUCUUGACUUCGCCUUGUUCGCCAACAGCUUACCCACUCCAUUGGUGGAGAAGACCACCUUCCUCGAUGAAGCUCAGGUGAAGAAGCUCAAGGCCGUACUCGGAGGUUCAGGCUAAGCCCGCCAAAUUUCCUUGUUCUCGUUCCCAACUCCUCCUCCACCACCUCUUCUUCCUGCUGUUGUUCCAUUUUUUUGGUGUUUCCGUUAUUUUCCUUUUCUUGUAAUUGACGAGUGUUCUUGUAACGAAUCGUGUCUGUCUGAAUUUCAGUUCAUCGUAAUUUUCUUCUUUAUCAGAAAAUUACUUUCUGUUUAUCUUCUCAUUCGAAUUAAGUGAAGGUUCCUUA